UCGAUGUGCCUUGAAAAGCUCUACAACAUGGUAUAUUUGAUUUCUCAUUUUUUGAAUCGGCCACAUUAUCCAAAAAGGUCCUUUAAACGUCGUGGUCAGAACUUUUGGUAUACCCUAAGUACAUGUAAUAUUUAUAAAUUGAUUUCUUAUUUUAAAAAUAGAAAGAACGUGCUAGAAAACGUCAAGAAUAUUCAUCGCAAGUAGAAAAACAAAUUGGAGAUACAUUCGGAGGACAAAAUAAAUCACCACGAGAUACACAACCGAAAAAACCUUGGCAUUUAAGUAAUGGUGAACAAAAUGAUCCAGAAAAAUUAUCAAAAAGAGAACGAGCUCUUGUAUAUGCAAAAAUUCAAGUUGUCAAAACUCGAUCUCAACAACCAGCAAAUGAUAAAACUAAUGGUUCUGAUCCUACUGAAAAAUAUGUUAAUGGUCUUUUUCCACACAAUGAUGAUGAAGGUUCAGAUAAUGGACGAAAUCAAAGACAUAAUCAAUCAGGCGAUGAUAAUGACGAUUGA